AUGGAAGUGAAAAUGCAGCACAGAUCCCGCGUUCACGUGUUCCAGAUACAGGUCAAAGCGCUGAUCAAAACGCUGAAAUGUCUACAGUCGGACGAUAAAUACCAAGCGCUACUGUUUCUCAUUUCGGCCAUCAAGCUGUACGUGAAAAUCCUGUACACUGACUGCCAGGAGCGUAUCUACAAACCAUCAAUACUCAGAGAGCUGCACAAUAUCGAGAAUGUGAUCGUGGUGAACCUGCUCAAAUCGCGAAGUGCGGCCGCGUCCGGGUCGUCGUCGGUGGCCACGGGCCACAGCACCAGCUCGUCGUCGUUUGCGGCGGGCGGUAAAGCAUCCUGCCUCGACAUCAGUAGCACAAGUGUACGCAGCGCGGACCUAUCGAUCGGUGGUGAUGGGUUGCUGCUGCUGAUGCGACAACAGCAGCAGAACAGCAGCGCGCCACUAGCUCCUUGGGAUCUGCGGGGGAAACUAUUGCGCGGCAACCUGUUCGAUGGACUGUCACUGACGACGACAGGUGGUGCUAGAGGUGCUAGUGGUUUGUUGCCGACAGGUGGUGGCCGACAAAAGUGGUUAGGCAACGUACGAAUGAACCGGGCGCUGGUCCGCCUGAUAGCGAGCCAUGAUUUUAAGUUGCUAUUUAACAUGUUCGAGCAGAGUAUCUUUCCGACGUGGAAGAUCUACAAGAAUGAGCAAAUUUUCGUUCGUAAACGGCCCGCGCUCACGACUGUAACCGUGCGCACCUCGCUGCCCGCCCUCUGUUACGAAGGCGGACUGUCGCACUCACCUCCGGCGACGUACAUCAAGAAAGAAGAGUUUGACUUUGAUCCACCCUACUCGAUGGCGGACGAUCACUGCUUCGAAGAAAUCAAGGAGGAGGACGAGGAUCUGCUACUGAUGAAGGAGGAAGACUCGAUCGACAACUCGAACGAAAUUUUCUCCGAGGAGGAAUCGUCCACCAACAACACCUCGCUGAUGCUUUCCUCCGACACAAAUACGCUCGAUACCAACGACUCGAGCAUGGUUUCACACGAACGGAACAAGGAACAGGUCUACCAGUGCUUACUGUGUGAUAAAAGUUAUAGGAAAAGGAAAUCUCUCGUCAUCCAUUUUAGCCACCACCCAGGCUUCUGUCCCGAUUGUGGCAAACAACGCGGGGUCACGUCGGAGGAAAUUGUGGAACAUAAUCGGAUGUAUCACAAAAACCGGCCACACAUAUGCGAACACUGUGGCGAAACGUUUACGCGGAACCAACAGUACCAGAUUCACGUGGAGGGUCAUUUCAUCAGCAAGGCGAGGGUAGCGGAGCAAAAUUGCAAAAAAACCCACAAGUACAGCUGCAAGACUUGCAGUAUCGUUUUCAACAAUCAGAAAUAUCUCGAAAAGCACAUCCAAAAAACGAACCACCAGGCGGAGGGUUUGGUGUGCGACAUUUGCGGUGCAAUAUUCUGUAACAGUAUCAAGCUGAGCCAGCACGUUACCCGUUCGCACAACAAUGUGUUCACGCAAAAAACGAGUCUCGAGCAAAGUUUGUUGCUGCAGGGAACGAGUGUGGCGGAGAAAAACUAUCCCUGCGAUCAAUGUGGUGCUUCAUUUCUGUCGCAGCCUUCGCUGCGAGAACAUAUAAAAAUUGCCCAUCCGGUUCCGGAAAAUAAAUUCGAGUGUAACAUCUGCAACAAGGUUUUCGCUGCCAAGCGGUCCCUAAAACGCCAUAAACUUUGCCAUUCAAAUGAAAGAGCCUUCCACUGUACGGUGGAGAACUGUAAGGAAACGUACAAAAACCAAUCCCAUCUGGCACGCCACAUGAAAGCGGCGCACCAAAUCGACCCGCCAUCGAAGCGCCUACAGAAGGCAAAAGCGGUGGCUGCAGCGCUUGCCACUUCCUCUGCGUCCGUACCCGAACCGCUCACCAGUGGUGACCUUUUCGGGGGCCACACCGCUGACGCUCAGAUGGGUGGAUCGUGCGACUCGAUAAAGGCGACGAGUACAUUGAAAAAAUCACUCGGUAGCAGCGAAAAAUCUCUCGGUGACAGUAGCACUAACUUCAGUGACAAUAUGUCCGCGUUUAAUUACGAGUUUUCGGACACGACCGGCGGUACAUCGACGCCAGCAAUACCGACGCUCGAGCAGAAUAUGCUUCCGUCGACCGGUAUUAUGGGAUCGGGUCCUGGUGCUGGUGCAUCGAUAGCCAGUAGUCGCACUGCAGCUUUAACGUGUACGGUGCCCGGUCAAGGCGGUGCUUUCAAUGAUCCGACAAUAAGUUUCGCCAACAGUGGAAACAGCGGCAACAAGCAGCAAGUUUCGCAGCAGCAGCAGCAGCACAUCGGAUGGCAGAAUCUCGAGUUUAGCUCCGGGACGCAUCGACCAGGAAUCCCGACUGGUGCUGGCGCUGGUGGCAUGCCUCCAAUGGACCCGUUGGCGAUAGGUCCGGGAAGCUUUAUGGACGGGACGCCACAUCACCAGCAAUCGCCCCACCAUCAACAUCACCAUCCUCACCACCAACAGCUUCACCACGGUGGAAAUGCAAUGACCGGAGCACCAAGUGCUAGCAGCGGUUUUAUGGUCUCCAGCGGUCCGAGAAGAUUCCCUCUUCCCGAGAGCAAUUUCAUCUGUGAGCACUGUGAUGAGACGAACUUCAUCAAUGCUCAACAGUUUCAGCUGCACCUUCAGGACCACUUUGCUGGCAAGGAGGGCAAAGAGCAUGCCAACAAGAAACUCCAACGGUUAAACUGUAAAACAUGUAGUCUGGUGUUUGCUACUGGAGCCCAGCUCGAUCGGCACAUUCAAAAGACGAACCAUCACACCGAAUGCAUCGCAUGUGAGAUUUGUAGUGCAAUAUUCAACUCUAAUUUAAAGGUUUACCAGCAUAUGCUGAAAUGUCACAAAAAUGACGUAUGGUUCGCCUGUGAACAGUGCUCAAAGGUUUUCAUCAUGAAACAAGACUAUGACAAACAUCAGCUGGUGCAUCAGACGGUCACGGACCGGUCGAUCAUCUGUGAGCACUGUGCCUCAUCCUUCCUUACGCAGGAAGCACUGAAGGAACAUAUCAAAAUAGCACAUUCGAUGGACAAAAAAUACAAAUGCCCUAUUUGCAAUAAGCUGUUCGCUGCACGGCGCUCACUGAAACGCCAUAAGCUGUGUCAUGAGGAGGAAGCUGCAUUCCGCUGUUCGGCCGAAGGCUGCAGUGAAGCGUUCCGCACGGCAGGUAAUCUGGCCAAGCACAAAAAGAUGGCCCAUCCGGCAGGCCUCGCACCGGCGGCAGCAAGUGUCGCUGCGUCCAUCGAUCCGAUUGGCGAUAAAAUGGUCGUCGGAGGUGCAAUGGGUCAGGGUACAAGUAAACUUCCAAGCGGACUAGCAACACCGAUGGCAGGAACCGUUGGCGCUGCGGUGGGGGUUAUUGGCGGCCCCAAUGCCUCACCGGUGGCCACAAACGUUGGUGCGAUGAAAACGCUCGAAAAGUCCCACCCGGAGAUGAUGGCACGAAGCGGCACGGGAUCGGGCAUCAUGUCCCCGGUGGGUCCGGGCGGAAGUGGCAAUGUCGGUAUGAUGGGUCUGGCCGGGCCAUCCGGUGGCAUGAUGACCAGUGCAUUAGGGACCGGUGGCCCAGGAUUAAAAGGUGAACGAUCGUCCGCUGGCAAUAUGAUGGUACCUCCUUCAAGAACGUCCAGUGCUGGAAGCAAUGCAGGCGGAAUGAGUGGCAACAACCCGUCCGUGGGCAAUACAACCAUGCUUUACAAUCCGUACGAAGCCAUGCACUACAAUAGCAGCGUCCUAGGUCCGCCUGUUCCUCAACAUCAUCCGCGCUAUCCGCAGCCAACACACUCACUCCAUCACUCACCAUCACAGUUUGGUGCUAUGACAAACCCCGGCACCGUUGCGACUGCUGUCUCCAUGCACUACGGUUCUCCAGGUCACGGCUUACGAACUGUUUCGAGUGGUGCCGGUUCGGGAACAAAUACUGAACAGCAGCAAGCUGUCUCAGGCUAUCGGAUAACCGACCCUUCUGCUAACGCUGCUAGUGUCGGAGCUGGUGGAAGUGUAGCAAACGCGGCCACCAAUGUUCCGUACAACUACGGUCAGGUUAAUAAUCAGUUCGAUUGGCAAAACAUGGAACUCGGUGGGCAGAUGGGGGUUGAAACCGAUCUAAUGAGUGGAGGCACUCAGCAGCAGCAGCAGCAGCAACAGCAGCAACAGCAGCAGCAACAUCUCAUAAAUAUGAAUAAUCAAGACAUGAUGGGUUAUCAGGAAAUGUGGAACGCGAAUAUGAUGAAAAUGGAGUUUCAGGAAGAAGCGAGCGGCUCAACUGCUGCGGCCAGCGGUUCGUACAAUAGCUUGGGCACCAUUCUUACCAAUUUGGAACUGAUGGGCAGCGGCAGUAGCUUUGAGCAGCAAUCGCCACAACAGCAACAAAGCUAUGAUAUGCUGGCGGGAGGAUCUCGCACUGCAACAGAUCAGGCUAGGUUACAGUCGGCCCAAUCUCCUGUGUUAACUCCACAGCAAGUACACCACCAUUCGCAACAAUUACAUCAGCAAUCGAAAGGAAAUCAUUUCCACGGCGCCAACAAACAGCAACACUCAAACGCAAUGUUGCCGCUCGUAGAACCAGGGCAGUUGGUGAAUCAGCACCAGCACCAUCAUCAACAACAGCAACAGCUCCAUCAUCAACAGCAGCAAUAUUUCCAGGAUCAUCAUCCUUCCUUCGAGCAUCCUUCGAGUAGCCAUCAUCAGCAGCAGCAGCAACAACAACAAACACCUCAUUCGCAUCAUUCCGCUAUGGGCCACGUGCCAUUAGGGCACCACCACAGCCAUCAUUCGCAGCAACAACCACAGCAUCAUCUCCAGCAGCAACAGAUGCAACACUACAACCCGCACAUGCCGCAACAUCAUCCUCACGCUCCUGGGCCACCGCAGGCACCCAGUGGCCAACAGUCGCACCUGGCGCAGCACAACCCGCAGCAGCAACAAGCACAGCAUCAGCAACAUCCAGUAGCAGGUUUGCAACAACAACAACAACCGGCAAUGAGCUACAACCCGAACCAGUCGCAGCCAGCUACGAGUGAUGCCGGCGGCAGUAACACCGCUGCCCCGAUGCCGACCGACAUAUCGAAAACCCCGAACAAUCUGCCGUUCGUCGAUAGUUUCACCGAAUCGAUCGACUACCUGCAACAGUCCUUUCAUCUGACGAUCACCGAUGAUCAGCUCACGCUGUCCACGUCCAAUCGGCACCAGCGAAUCGACGGCCUUAAUGCCGGUCUGCAUGGGCUCGCGCACAGAAACACGCGGGAUGAUGCCUGGGGCCUUGAUACCGACACGGAAACGCUGCUUCGUCUUGAUUUCGCCCUUACCAUCGAUCGCAUUACCGAGCGCAUCAACGACACGGCCAAGAAUUUCAUCACCGACCGGCACGUCGACGAUGGCACCGGAGCCUCCCGGGCGAAGAUAAGUAUAGGAGACGCUAGAAUGGCCUACGCUCCGAACGAAAGCGAUGGUUUGUGGAACGAGAUACUGGAGCACCACUGGAAGUACGUGGAAUCGGAAGAAUCAAUGCAAAAGAUAGAGCUACGACGCGACCUAGAAGAAUUGGUCGAAAAACGCCUAGGAAAGGUGCCCCCAAGUGAAAAGUUUUAUCUGGAGGAUACGAGAUAUGUUUUCGCCAGCUCCGUGGUAAAUUUAGACGACUUUUCCGCCUACAAAGCAUCGAUAGGAUUUGAGGCAAUCAGUCAGUAUGCGAACAAUUUGUUCGUCAAACCGUGGCGAAAGGAGUACAAAGUGAUAAAGAUGUAUUCUGGAUUCUACCAGCAUGAAAUUGCGGAGAAUUUGGUGAAUGCAGAGAAACUUUUCCAAGCCAUGGGGUACCAGCUGAUGCCGAAUAAAACACUUAUUUUGGAGGGCCCGAUCUGUCCGGAUCAGGUGAUGAACGUUGCUCGUGACGCCAUCACGGCAUAUGUGGAGUGUCAGAUAAUGAAGCGAAUUUACUGUGACCUGACGUCAUUACGAUUGUCCGUGGACUGGAUUGAUAUUUAUAACUUUCGAAGCUAUCAUACCGCGGACGCAAUGCAAAUGGUGAAGCAGAUGACUGUAUUCAUACAAGAAAAACACCACAAAAAACAACAGUCCAAACUGAGAGACGCGUACGGCAGUAGUAGCGCCGCUUUACCACCCGCUAGUAGCUGCAGCUCAUGCAAUCCGUAUCAGUUCCAUGUGCAACAAAGCCAUCAGCAACCACCGGCACCGCCACCGCCACCGGCCUCUUUCUGUGGUGGCGGCAGUGGUGGUGGCAGUGCAAACGGUGUGGUUGCCGGCAGUAGUCAGCUGUACAGUGUCGCUGUUGCAACACCACCACCCUGUAGUAUUCAUAGCCAACAGCAUCAACAGCAGCAGCCGCCGCCACAGCAGCAGCAAACGCCAGCAAACGCAUUCAGUGGCCCGUACCACAAUCCACACCAUCAUCCCCAUCAUAUGCCGCAUCAUCAUCUUCAUCAAAGUAGUUACGGCAGUUUCCAGCCUCCGGCUAUCGGCACGAUGCCCCACUCGAAGUCGUUGGACCACUAUCAGGACGCGAAUAGUGCGGCAGCGGCGGCGGCAGCGGCCGCCGCAAUGUACGGCAUGAACGGCGUCUACAUGCAGCGCCAUUCGAUUGACCAACCGUAUCACUACACGCCCGCAACGGGACCGUACGCUGCCGCUGCCCAUGCCGCUCCGAUGCCUUUCGAUGGACCGAUCGAUGGGAUGCUUUCGUGUGGUGGUGUUGGUGGUGGUGGAGGUGGGACUGGAGGAGGUAACGGGUCUCUAAGCUGCAGUAACAAUCACCCUUACAAUGUUGCAGGCCCACGUUAUCCUCCCGCUCUACCAUACAGCAACUACGCUCCUCUGGGACCGAUGGGAUCGACUUACAUGAAUGGAGCAGGAGUGACGAAGCUGCCCAAUGGCGGACCACUCGACGGGUGUUAUCGGCAUCCUCCGAUGAAUGGUUACGUUGGUGGAUCGGGCUACCCGCCAUACCGAGGCUCCAACAAUAGUAUGCCAUUUCCGAACCCUCACUGUCAACCGGUGUCGGAAGCAUCAAUACCGUACGGUGGAAGCAAGCACGGUUACGAUUCGGCUGUAGCUCCGAUCGGACCGGCAUACCCUCCCCAGCCUAGCUCUAUACUAAGUAACCGUAAGAAAGUGUACGACGACUACGAUGUGCCCAGUUCAUCCAUCGCAGGGCGACGAGUGACGGAACCUAAGAUGGGCGGUGGCGCUAAAAAGCUGGAAAGAUAUCACAAGAACGCGGAACUCCUAAUCGAUUACGAGAGCGACAUGUUGCCGGAAGCACUGGUCGAAAGGAAUCAGCAACAGCAGCAGCAGCAUCACCACCAUCAUUAUUUGCAUCAUCAAACGUCGCGGAACUCGCGCCAAUCGGACUUUGAUAGCUACGAGGACGAACAGCAGGAGAGUAACGUUAGUAGACGAAUUUCGAACAAAAACCAGGACGGUAUCGGAUGCUACGAAACGUGGAACUACGUUUAUCAGAACCUAGAGAAACAAGGCUACAAUAAGGAUUUGGGCGAACGUGGUGACUUUCUGGCCGGCGAAGCAGACAGCGCUGAGGACGAAAGUGGCGGUGGGAUGACGCGAGAACGACGUAGAGAAACUGGCGGUAGCCAGAUCAAUACUGGAAAUUCGUCGACCGCUACACUGCGCCGUAGUCACAAUGAGAAACUAAAAGCUAUGAAAGCAAAAGCCGCCGACAAAGUGGAUGGCAUCGUCCGAACCAGUGCGCAGCAUCACGCCAAUAGUGCUGGUUUGGUGCAGAAAAUGGCCAAGACAUCGCUCUCACAACGGACUACGGACUAUGGAGGUGGUGGGGCUGCCAUCGACGAUGCUGUACCACCGGAACAAAGUAACAGCAGUGGCCGCGUUGCUGGAUCGAAGAGACAGUCCACCGGUGGGAUUAACGGCACGGGUGGGAUGAUCGGAGUGGCGGCCGCGAACAAAGAAAACAAUAAUCAAUCUCCCACUGUGGCUGUCGGUGGAAUAUUGGUCAACCAUCAUCACCACCAUCCGGGUAAUAAUGGUGCGCCGAUCGCAGGCGGUAGUGGAAAAAAGAAAACGGCUACCUUUGAUACGGGUGCGGCUACGAUCAUUAAUCAGUCAACGGCCAGCACCGCAGCAUCUGUGGCUGCGCCGAGUGGAGAAUGGAAUUGCAAUUUCUGUACCUUCCUGAACCCGGAUGUGAAACGCAUCUGUGAUAUGUGCUCCAAGAGCCGCGAUUUUCGGCUCGACGGAGCAGCCACAACUAGCAAUGGAAGUGCGACGGUCUCAGCGGCGGCCACCUGUGUUUAAGCAGACUUUUGGACGAAGAGAACGGACUGGUUCCUUGUGAGUGUUACAAGCCUCAAUCUUUUAACGGUUAUUUGUUGUUACUCUGGUCAGUGUUUGAUUGAGAAUUGCCUUUCUUUGUUUUCCAUUUUCUAGACAAAGAAAAUCUUAAUGUUUUUAAAUGAGCUACAAUCACUAUUUUCGAUCAAAUUAAGGCCAUUUAUCAUUCACUCCGGUGUUCAGGGGAAGUCCAGAAUAAGUAUAGGAAUGCGUGGGACAUUGCUAACCACUGUGGAACUGUUUAGUGCACUGCUGGAAUGGAAUUUUUCGCCCGAAAAAAACGAGCAGAUAAAAUAAAUCUAAUAAAUCAUCCGCAGAGAAGCUUGGAAUAUAAUUUGUGUGCAACAUCCUUCCCCUAGCCAAACAGUAUACGGUGAGGUCAAACAAAAUGGAGACGCGAGUCCAUAUUCUGUUAUCAAAUGAGAAAUGGGGAAAAACGACGGAAUAGAGCCAAGAAGAAAGUAUCAGCUAACCCACGUUUAUUCCCAGAAACAUCACCAACUCUAGUAACGAGAAACCCGUUGGUUGACUAAAAAACCCAACGAUAUUUGGUGUGUUUGGACAAAACUGAAACGAAAUGGAAUGUGUAUGUUUGCAAGAGAAACAAAAACGUCACAAUGAGACGCAGUUAAGAAUUCGACAAUCGUUAAGCGUUCAUCUUUUGGAGUGGUGGAAUUUAAUACGAUGGGAAUGCUGGUAGUCAAGUCUUUUGGGAAACUGUUUUUUUCUAUUUGUUCCGUUACUGGUUCCGAGUCUGCAGGUUGUGCGACAGUGAUGAUCUAUCUACGAGAGAAAAGUGAUUGAAUGGAAGAGAAUUAAAAUUAAUAACAAACGAAAAACCCCAAUAGAAUGUAACUGUGAAAGCAGUGGAAAUAGAAAAAAUCGAAAUUCUACCCCUUUCCAGAUAGGUAAAUAGUAGAAUAUUACGUGAACACAAACUAACUUUAUAACAUACGAUUACGGCAGAAAGGGAAGACAGGCCGAGCUAUAGUUUACUAAUUUAUCCAUACUGCAAUAUAAUGAUCUACCUGAGUCCAACUGGUGUGGCCGGACGGUCAAGAAGGUAUUGGGUUGUCGACAAUGGGGGUUAGGAGUAUGGCUCCAAAACGAUGCUAGUCAUAUAAGGAACAGGGACAGUCGCACACCACAGGUGAAAGCCCCACGAAACUGGAAACUGCAUGAAGUAUUUAAAAAGACCGAAGGUGUGAGCCAUUGUAAACCGGGGCGAAAAGAAAACGGAGAGAGGAUCGCAGGGACACAUAACCGCGAUCGUGUUUCAAAUCGAUCGUUAUACAUUAUUCUAAUUAAUUAUGUAUCCCUCUAUUUUUUAGCUUUACGUAAAUGUUGAACAAUUGUAAUUGGAAUGAUAUUUACCAUAUAGUGUAGCAAUGGAAGCUGGAAGCACAUGGAAAACAGCACACCCUACCGAACACGGAGACAGGGAUUUAUCGAUUCGUAUCAGUUGAUCGACAAAGACAGAAAGUGCUAUGAAGCAAGUGCAAUGGAUUGGUCACACACGAGUUGCAUCGUCUUCUUAUACUACAUUUUGUAGUCAAUUUCUAAACGAACCGAUGGCAGCAAAAAGCAAACCAAAUUUCAAACACUAAAGCAACGCUAAACCCGAGGACAAACAGGAACCUACGAAGUGCUAGUUUUCUAGUGAAAAGACAGUAAAAGGUAGAAAGAUUGAAGCGGAGAGCAAUCUGGAGAGCUGGAUACAGAGUGAGCAUUGAAAAGAAUGAUAAACGAUAAACUUGUUUCGCAUAUUAUAGAUUUUAAUAAAAAAAAAGGAUCCAUUUCUUUGUUUGCUGUUGAU